UCUCGUCAUUCGCAGUAGCCGUCACGUGCAAACCAUCAAGAGCGACCCCAACCUGCAUCACCGACGCAUUUACCACAACGCAGACCUCGACCACACCUCCCUCCUCCCAGCACACACACACCAAGUCGACAGCGGCUUAUCAGCACAACGACACAUUUCACAUGUCUGAAGUACAGCCCCGGCCUGCGCGAGGCAGGAGCACUGCCCGCGGUGGCAGAGGAGGAUACGGGCCUCGAGGCCCUCGCAAGACCAACGGCGACGGCGCGUCGCAGCCCGCAGACACAUCGGCAGAGCAGGGCGAGCUAGGCGAACUGAAGAAACGCUACCAGGCGCAACUCACAACCCUCAAGGAGCUGUUCCCCGACUGGACCGACGCCGACCUGGUGCUCGCAAUCGAAGACUCUGACGGCGACCUGCAGACGACGAUUGAAAAGAUCAGCGAGGGUGCCGUCUCGCAGUUCUCCGAGGUGCCAAAAAAAGCAAAGGACCGCUCCCGCUCAAAGGUCCCAGACAAUGCUGCUUCGACAGACGCCGCGUCCACCUUACGCGGUAGCCGGGGCGAGCUUCCUCGACGCGGCGGCGACAGCGUUCGCGGCGGUCGUGGACGUGGCACCGAUCGUGGCCGUGGUGGCUUCCGUGGCGGUCGUGGAGGUGCCGUCUCGAGUGGAUCUCGCGCACCCUCUACUUCGAUUCCGACCUCUGAGUCUGCGGCGUGGGAUGCGCCCACGACUGCCCCGGACGCCAAAGAGAACGCACCAGCACCCGAGCCCGCUACUGCUGCGCCAGAGGCCCAGGAGCCCGUUGCAGCGACGGCGCCUGCGAAGAAGACGUGGGCCAGCAUGUUCGCACCCGUCGCGGCCAAGAUCGCGCCCGUCCUGCCCAAAACCGUCGCAGAUAUGCUGCCCGAGGCCGAGGAGCCCGCUCCCGCUUCUGCUGAAGAGCCCGCCCACCCAGUGGCACUGGAACCAACCGUGCCAGUCGACGAGCCGCCCACACCGCCCCCCGCAGACGAAGUACCUGAAGCGCCUCCAGUUGCGACCGAGGAAACGCCCAAGUCGACGCCGGAAGUGAGUGAGAAGGAGACUGCUACAGAGACUGCCCUUGCGCCCUCCAAAGACGAGCUCACCCAAGAGAACGUUGAGCAUCUGCCUGACGAAUCUCAUCCGCCCCCUACAGAAACGGUGUUCAGCACUGUUGCCAGCUCAAAGGACAUUGGAAGCGUUGGCAUCGCUACCCCGGUAGCCACCCCACUACAAGCACCCAUCGGGCGCCCCGCCCUCGGAGGGUUCGCAACCUCAGCUCUCAAGGCGACGUCUGGAUCACACCGCAGUGCCAGCUACGUCAAGAGGCUCAUGGAACAACAGGAGGCAGUGGUCAUGCCGAGCAACCAUGCCGUGGACAGAGCAGCAGUGCAGUUUGGCAGCUUGGGCCUGAGCAGCAACGUGUCUGAUUUGGACGUGGACGAAGACAGAGAAGAAGCAGAGACCAGGACUCAACCACCCCAACAUUCUCCAGUUACACAGCCCAGGGCAUCCUUGCCUCCGGCUCCUCGCCAAGCUGCCCCACAAGCGGAGACGCAGCCAGAGGAACCCGCCCCUACACCAAAGCAGGCUCCAGGACUGCCCCCACCACCUCAGCAGCAGUCCAUCGCACAGGACUCGCCCUCCCACACAGCGAUGCAGCCCCAAGGAUCUCAGUCCAGCCAACCUUACAAUCAGUUCGGACGUUAUGGCCAAACUGGCACCCCAUCAGAAGCUGCGGCACCACCCCAGAAGCCAUACGAUCCAUUCGGCCAGCAGAUCCCUCAAUCGAACCAAUACGACUAUCCCGGUCAGCAGAGUCAGGCCCAGUCACAGCCUGGCGCAUUUUCCUCAGCACCGGACAACUUUGGCUCUCAAUAUCUCACGUCUGAGCAGCAACGCUCCGCUUACCAGAACUACUACCAAGGCUAUGGACAGCAGAAUGCGCAGAGCCAGCAGGAAGCCGGUUCUGCUCAACAACGUACUGGUAGCGCUUUCGGCUCCGGUCCCAAUGACUCAGGUUUCCCCCAGAGUCAACAUUCGCAACAGACCCAGAGCCGAUACAACGAUGGCCAGAACAGCGGCCACAACACCCCGAACCCCAGCUCAAGCGGACAGCACCCCUCUGGACCUGCUUCGCAGGGUCAGCAUAUGCAUCAGCAACACAGCCAACAGGGUGGCCAGCAGGGACAUGCUGGAGGCUACCCAUACAACCAUCCCUACUAUGGCAGUCCUUACUACGCCAACUACAUGAACCAGUUCGGUGGCUAUGGCCAACAAGGUGGCUAUGGCUCUUUUGGAAAGGGCAUGUACGGUCAACCCCAUCACUACGGAAUGUCUCCCCAGAGUUCCUACGAACAGCACUCGGCAUCACCAGCCAAUGCCGGAGGCUUUGGCGCAUCCUCCACACAUGAGCGGGGUAGCGGCUUGGGUGGAGGACUCGGCGAAUAUGGACGUGCCGCCUCGGCAACCUCGCAGAACCACAGCUCGGCAGCCGGCGCUGGUGGAUUUGGCGGUCUUCCAGAUGUAUUUGGGCGACCCCAAGCAUAUUCGCAUCAGAGCUCGUAUGGCCAACAGCAGGGUGGUCAACAGGGACUUACUGAAGACUCCCUGAAGCCAUUCGGUGACUCGAAGAACGGUGGCCCUAGCCCAUCUGCUCUGGGAGCUCAGCCCGGCCGACCUGGAUCAGCCACACAGAACACUCCUGGUCAGAGUGUGCAAGGCGGCCCUCAACAGUCCCACCAGCAAGGCUUUGGCGGCUACCCGAACCAUCUUAGCGGUAACAACCAAUACGGUGGACUCGGCGGACUUGGCCACCAGGGCGGCGGUAGCCACCAGCAACAGCAACAACAGCAGCAGCAGCAACAGCAGAGCGGCUAUGGAAACUACGGUGGCUUUGGCGGAUAUGGUGGAAGCUACAGCCGCGGUGGCUGGGGCGGAAACUACGGAGGCCAGCACUAGACCGCAUCUCCAUCUUAACUCUGACAAUAUGAAAGGAGGAAGCCAAGUCCUACCAGGGAAGAUGAAACAGUAUAGCGAGGAGUAUUUUUCUUUCUCUUUCU